GCAAAAUAGUCUAGUAAUGCUAUGAAUUCCUAAACUUCCCUUUUGGAAAAAUAAUACUCUAUUUAGAAUAAACUAUUGUAGUUGGAAAAUUAAUGAAUCUGGUUACAAAUUAAAACUAUAUACAUCAGAAUCGAAGUAUGCCGCUGAAGGUGUCCGAAGCCACAAUUUCUACCUUUGAUGCCGUCUUUGAGAAGUUCCGAUCAGAGAGUCCCCAAAACAAAGCCAACCUCAUUCUCUUCUUGGCUGACAACGACCCUUCUACCUCUCUCAGCUGGUGCCCUGAUUGUGUGAGAGCUGAGCCUGUGAUCUACAAGAAGCUGGAAACAUCAUCAAAUGAAAUUGCACUUUUGAAAGCUUAUGUUGGAGAUAGACCAACAUGGAGGAACUCAAAACAUCCAUGGAGGGUGGAUCCUAGGUUCAAGCUCACAGGUGUGCCAACGUUGAUCCGUUGGGAGAAUGAUUCGAUCAAAGGUCGCCUUGAGGAUCAUGAAGCUCACAUUGUAAACAAAAUUGAAGCCCUUGUUGCUGAUAAAUGAUUUCCAUUGUGUGUCAGAGAGUUGUUAUCACCACCCACCAUGUAGUUUAAACCUUUUUGGUGUACUCUUUAUACUUAUGCUGGAUUUAUAGCUUUGCUGGUAAAGCAUAUAUAUAAUAAAUAAAUGUUGAGUACUAAUGGUUACAAGGGAAGGUUUAAUAAAGGAUACAGCAGUUGGUUCUUACUGU